AUGCAGCACCCGCUGGAGCUGGGCGGCCCGGCCCACUACUUCCCGGCCGAAGCCUUCGUCGACCACCGCUCGCACCGCUACCGGAGCUUUAUGAUCGAGGAGAUUCUGACCGAGCACCCGGACGCCAAAGGCGCCGCGCCCGCCGGGGAGCUGCUCAAGUUCGGCGUCAAGGCGCUCCUCUCCGCGCGGCCCUACCACAACCCCCUCGCCGUGCUGAAGGCGGAGCAGGCGGCCGUCUUCAAGUUCCCGCUGGCUCCGCUGGGCUGCUCGGGCUUGAGCUCGGCGCUGCUGGCCGCCGGCUCCGGGCUCCAAGGCGCCUCUGGGCCCCCUCACCUGCCCCUGGAGCUGCACCUCCGCGGGAAGCUGGAGCCGGGAAUCCCCGAAGCCGGCGGCAAAGCCAAGAAAGGCCGUCGGAGCCGCACCGUCUUCACCGAGCUGCAGCUGAUGGGCCUGGAGAAACGCUUCGAGAAGCAGAAAUACCUCUCCACGCCGGACAGAAUAGACCUGGCGGAGUCCCUGGGACUGAGUCAACUGCAGGUGAAAACCUGGUACCAAAAUAGACGAAUGAAGUGGAAGAAAAUAGUCCUGCAAGGCGGAGGACUCGAGUCUCCCACCAAGCCCAAAGGCCGCCCGAAGAAGAACUCGAUCCCCACCAGCGAGCAGCUGACGGAGCAAGAGCGAGCCAAGGAAGCGGACAAACAAGCGGAAAGCCUCGGUUCCCCCAGCCAGGUCACCCAGGAGGAAUAGCCAAGGCCCGGGGGGCCUCGAGGCGUUGUGCUCUCGAACACAAGGAUUUACGGUACUCCCCAGGCGCCUUUUCUGUGCCGGAGGCUGGAUUGGGAAGGCAAUAAGA